CAGAGCCGGGGGCGGACGGACCGAAGCGCAGAGCGUUCGCGUGGCUCCGGAUGAGCGCGGAGCCCCUCCCAGAGCAGCGGUCCCGGCCCUGGGCGAGAGGACGCAGCCGCGGUGCCGCAUCCCGGCCGGCAGCCCCUGCGCGGCUGAAGCUCGGCGGGCGGCGCCGGACGGCAGUUGCCCGGCGGGAGCGGCCCCGGGCGGGCUCCCCGCUGGCCCCCGCCAUGGAGGCGGGCGGCGCGGCGGGGCCGCUGGUGCCGGUGCAGCAGCUGGCGGCCUGGGGCGCGGCGGGAGCCAUGGUGUUCGGAGGCGUGGUGCCCUACAUCCCGCAGUACCGGCAGAUCCGCCGCACGCAGAACGCCGAGGGCUUCUCCGCCUACGUCUGCCUGGUGCUGCUGGUGGCCAACAUCCUGCGCAUCCUCUUCUGGUUUGGAAGGCGCUUUGAGGCCCCCCUGCUGUGGCAGAGCAUCAUCAUGAUCGUCACCAUGCUGCUGAUGCUGAAGCUGUGCACGGAGGUGCGGGUGGCCAACGAGCUGAACGCCAAGCGCCGCUGCUUCGCAGCUGCAGACAGUAAGGAUGAAGAGAUGAAAGCAGCCCCCAGGAGGUCCUGUCUGGAUUUGGACCUGAAGCACUUCUGGCGCUGGAGCCGGUUCGCGGACUACGUGCAGUGCGUGCUGGCCUUCUGCGCCCUGGCAGGGUACCUGACCUACCUCUGGCUGGACUCGGCUCUCUUCGUGGAGCUGCUGGGCUUCCUGGCCGUCUUCACCGAAGCCAUGCUGGGCGUGCCGCAGCUCUACCGCAACUACCGCAACGGCUCCACCGAGGGCAUGAGUGUCAAGAUGGUGCUGAUGUGGACCAGUGGGGACACCUUCAAGACUGUUUACUUCAUUCUGAACCAGGCCCCUUUCCAGUUCUCCAUCUGUGGGCUGCUGCAGGUUCUCGUGGACAUGGCCAUCCUGCUGCAAGUUUACUUGUACAGCUCCUACCCUCAGAAGCCUGUGUCCCACCCCACACACACAGCCAGCACGAAGGCCCUGUGAGGCUCCUGGCUGGACAGGCCACAGCAGGGCUGGAGAUGCUGGAAGAGAAGCCAGGGAAGCCAUGUCCGAAGUCACCUCCUGUGCGUGGCGCUUGGCAGGUUUGGGCUCGUGGCCAGGAGCUCUGGAAGCGAGGCGUUGCGGGGACGGAGCGUUCCAGAACCUUGCUGUUAGUGUCAGGAGCAGGCAGCGCCCGGCUAAGGCGCAGGCGCCGCGUGGCGCAGCUCUGGCACAGGCCAGGGCUUGGCUCUGAAAUAAAAGUGACCUCUGGGA